AAUUUUGCUCCUGGCGCGCUCGUUUGCAGCUCUAAGUUAGCAUUGGUGUAUGUAUGUGUCUCUUUGUUUUUGCAUGCAUGUGGUAUUUCAAGUUAUUUCUUUAUUCACACAGAGAGGCCGCAAAGGGCUGGGCCUUUUCUUCUCAGGCCCAGGCCUCAAUAGAGGCCAUAAUUGGUCAUUUCAGGCCUAUCCGGUUAGCUAGCGAGACUGCUGAAAGUAAAUGGUUUUUAUUUUCGCCAGUCGUCGAUAGAUGAUCUCAUUUCAAAUCGAUUAUAACAGUUGGUGUGUAGUAAGACCUCUGACAGAAGAGUGGUUAACAAUUUUUUGUCGGUGAGGUGUAUAUGCUAUACAUAUUAAGAUUAGCGCUCGUCCAUACACCAAGCUAACAAAAUGGCGGUCACCGCUGUAAUGAAAAUCGGUUGUAGAAAAGGAGUGUGUUUAGCCCUCCUCCCGCUAGCUCGCUACUCCAGUGUCAUUAGUGUAGACCACACGUAAUAUUUGUGGAUUAUUUAGCAUUUCUAUCUUAGACAGGUGUGUAGGUGCAGUUCUUCCCAAAUGUUUUUGGCUGUGACAGUCGGACUUGGCGUGUAAAAUGAGUGCUAACGCUAACGUUACUCCAGUGGUCAGUUGAAGACAUUGCCGUCAAAUCACCUCGUCGGAUUUUACACAGUUUAGCGUUGCAUGAAUGAGAUGCUAAGUUAGACCCCCCCGAGUGAGUUUUUAUGUGUUGGUGGCAUAUUUUCAGCACAUUGUACUAUAUUGUGCGCGAUAUUUCCACACAUCUUUUUCCACUUGGAGGUGGGGGAUGGUACGUUCAGAAGAAAUUAAAUGGUACCUUAGCUGGAUCGUCCACACAUCACUGUUUACAUCUCUGAACCCCAGCCCCCCUCCCCCCCCGUGUUUGUGACUGGGGAGGUUUUGUCACACAGUUUAUCUCCUUCAUCUCCAUAAUGAAGCUUUUCAGUAACAAAUGCAGUGCAAGGACAAUGGAUGAGGAUGUCGCCAGGCUUGCAAUACAUUCAGAAGAGCCUAAAAUAAUAUUACACGGAUCGGAUGAGGGUGGUGCCAGCGGGCAGGAGUUUGUUGUGGAGCUUCAAGAGACUGUGUUGGUGUCAGAAGGCGAGGGGGAAGGCAUGGCGGUUCACAGGUUUGCCCCAGAUGAGCUAGUCAUCCAAGAUGCUGUUGAGGAUGUGGUUUCUGAGUAUGUGCACUGCGAUGAAGAUGAAGAUGUCGCUGUAGAAACCUGCGUAAUGGCUCUGGAGGGCGAGGAGGAAGGUGUUGCCAUGGGAGACAUCCCUGAAGAUGGGCUGGACCCAGAGCAGCAGGAGGAUGACCAAGACGGUUGUGGAGAUUACCUAAUGAUAUCCUUGGAUGAAGCUGGUAAAAUGGUUUCUGAGGAUGGAACGGAGGUAACAGUGGAGGGGGGUGUGGAGGACCAAGAAGUGGAGAAGGAUGAGGAUGGGCAGGAGGUGAUCAAGGUCUACAUUUUCAAGGCUGAUUCUGGGGAGGAUGACAUGGGAGAGUCGGUUGACAACAGUGAUGGAGACACAGAGAGUGUGGCGUUAACAGAGUCUUCAGGCCAAACGCUCAGAGAGAAGAUGGUUUACAUGUCUGUCGGGGAUUCUCAUCACAAUCAAGGAAACCAUGGUGGGUCCAAGGUGACUGAUGAGGUAUAUAUGGAGGUGGUGGUAGGAGGUGAAGAGCCAGUAACUCACGACCGCUCGUAUGACAGCGUGUCUCUAAGCAAGGACUUCAUGCCUGUGGCCUGGGCAGCUGCUUAUGGUGCGGACGACAGCGAGAGUUGCGAAAACCGUAACGGUGCGGCCAGUGCACUGCUGCACAUUGAUGAGUCGGACGGAGUUGAUGAAAUCGGUAGACAACGCAGCAAGAGCAGGAGACGGUCAGAGCCUCGGCAGGUCCAGACAGCCAUCAUCAUUGGUCCGUAUGGUCAGCCUCUGACAGUUUACCCCUGCAUGCUUUGCGGUAAAAAGUUCAAGUCACGAGGCUUUUUGAAACGCCACACCAAGAAUCAUCACCAGGAUGUUCUGACCAGGAAAAAGUACCAAUGUACAGACUGCGACUUCACCACGAACAAGAAAGCCAGCCUCCACAACCACAUGGAGGUGCAUGCUCUAAGCAGCAAGGCUCCUUUUGAGUGUGAAAUGUGUGGCAAGGAGUUCCACCAGCAGGCGGCACUGUUCUCUCACAGACUGCAGCACCACCACCGAGAGCCCAAGAGCCAGCCGCCUCCACCGCCCACCAAGAUGCACAAAUGCAAGUUCUGUGACUAUGAAACUGCUGAGCAAGGACUGCUCAAUCGGCACUUGUUGGCUGUUCAUAGUAAGAGUUUCCCUCACAUCUGUGUGGAGUGUGGAAAAGGCUUUCGACACCCUUCGGAGUUGAAGAAACACAUGCGCACACACACAGGUGAGAAGCCUUACUCCUGCCUGUACUGUGACUACAAGUCGGCCGAUUCCUCAAAUCUCAAGACGCACAUCAAGACUAAGCAUAGCAAGGAGAUGCCAUACAAAUGUGAGCGCUGUUUCCAGACCUUUGCGGAGGAGGAGGAGUUAAUGCAGCAUGGACUAACACAUGAGGAGAACAAGACCCACCAUUGUGCCCACUGUGAUCACAAAAGUUCCAACUCCAGUGACCUGAAACGCCAUAUCAUAUCUGUUCACACCAAGGACUAUCCCCACAAAUGCGCUGUCUGUGGGAAAGGCUUCCACCGGCCAUCUGAACUAAAGAAGCACUCAGUAUCCCACCGCACCAAGAAACUUCAUCAGUGCAGGCACUGCAACUUUAAAAUUGCAGAUCCUUUUGUUCUCAGUCGCCAUAUCUUGUCUGUCCACACGAAGGAGCAGCAGGCCUCUCCUGAAAAGAGUGAGGCUAAGAGGACAGAGACGCACACUCCUGUUGUGCCACCUAAAAAGUCUGCACCCAGUGGCUCUAGCAGCUCUGGCCCACCUGCUAGAGUCAGUGCAGCCAGUUUAGCCAGUAGUGUGACUGUUGUUAUCGGUAAAGGACAAAAAGAAAGGAGAAUUUACCAGUGCCAGUACUGUGACUACAGCACCGGGGAUGCUUCGGGGUUCAAGCGGCACGUGAUUUCCAUUCACACAAAAGACUAUCCGCACCGCUGUGAGAUAUGUUCGAAAGGCUUCCGGCGCCCCUCGGAAAAGAACCAGCAUAUCAUGCGCCACCACAAGGACGUGGUGCAGGCAGAGUGACUCUGACCGAGCUAAAUACUGUGCCACAACAAAGAACAAUGUUGAAGCAGCCAUCACACUCGAAUCACUGCGCCCUCAGCACGACACCGUUCACAUUGAAAUAAUGUGGUGUGUGUUGCAUUUAGUCUGUUCUGUUGCUGUACUUCUUUUUAGAUCCUCAGCUUCAUGUUUGUUCAGAAAUGUAUACACAUGUACAUAACCUUAACGGUCUGUCAGAGUUAGCAACACAACCCCUCUGUAGACUUGCACUUUUAACUGCAUGUCCCUUGCUGGCGACAGUGUGCAUGGCAGAUUGUGCAGAUGUCUCUUUGUAGAUAAACGUUUUUGGUUUCGCAGGCAGCAAUCAGUUCUCUAUCACAAUUGUCAUUUUGUCUCAAAACUAAAGUGUAAUUUGUAAAACAUUUGCAUAAUUUUGUUAAAAUAUGCUAAACACAGCAGUAUGGAUUAGCAGCCUGUUCCCAGUAGCACUUGCCAUCUUGGUAAAGAUCAUGAUCAGAGCAGUAAUCAAGUCAUGUAUGAUAUUUCUGUGUGAGAGAGAAAACAUCUGUUAUGCUUCCUGGAGUUCUGACCCCGCCCUUUUAAGAUAAUGCAUUUUGUUGUGUCAACAAAAACAAACGAGGCCUGGCAAUAUACAGCACCCAGAGAAAAGAGACUGUCACUCUAUGGUUUGUCCACAGGUCUACAAUAAUUAAAAGAACACAAAAUACACAGUGAGAUAGUGAAUUUGUUAAGAUGGUGGAUAAAAUGUAUGCACUGCAAUGCGAUCCUUGCCCCGUCAUUUGGUUAUCACAUGGCCGUCUGAUAUUUCUGUUUCAAGUCGGUAUGUGUACUGUGACAUGUUCCGAACAAGUGCCCAGAGUAGUAGAGAUGAAGGCUGACAGUAUUGUUUAAUCCAUUAAUGCUACGUGAGGAGUGAAAUCCCAUUAAUUUGAAAAUUUAGAUUUAUGUGAAAAGACAGUGUAUGUUUUCAACAUUAUUACUGAUGACAAGCUGUUUCUUUAAUCUAAUGAGCAAGUUUGUUUUUCAUAUGAAUUGAUAUAUCUGUGAAAUCACAGAGGAAAAUCAUCAGUAUGAUAAUAUUAGGCUGGGUGGGUUUUUAAAAAAUGUUCAUAUUGUUGUCCCAUCAUGAUAUUUUGGCCUCAGUGGAAAUCAUGCAGUAUAUCUGGUGCUUCUGUUAUGAAACUAAGAACUGAGUGCUUUGUUUUCACCAAACAAACAAGUACUUUUGCCAGUAGAAAGGGAAAAUGUAUAUCUUUUUAGAUGCAACUUCAGAAGAUUGAUGCUGGUGGUGUAUUCGUACUAUGGCUUUUUACAUUGUUAUCACCUGUGAUUAUUUCUGUUUUUAUAUUUAUUUCACUUACAAGUUGUAUAGUUAAGUGUAGACUUCUAUGGGACGUAAAUUAUUGUUUUGUAUACAAAACUGUACAAAGCGUGUAGCUGUAAACACUUCAUAAAACAGAAAUCGGAACUGUGUUGUUAUGGAUGUACUUCAAUGUAUUUGUUAAAAAACUAAUAAAAGCAAAGUAUUUUAGCCUGUUGUCUUUUGGCAAAGAAUCAUUUGAUUCUUUUCUGAAUUUUUACAAACCAGUGAGAAAGGCCCAUCACA